AUGAGCAUUGAUAUCUCUGCAAUUAAGCAGCGGCUUUCCAAUGAAAAAGAUGUCUUGCUCGUACAAGUUGUCAAGAAAAUCAAUAAUAAAGGAAAAGAAGAGAAUGAAGUGAUUGUUGCCACUGAAAGUUCAUUAUUUUAUGUUCAUCCAGGAAAAAAGAUCACUGCUGAUAAGAAAUCUUGUUGGCUAGACUUAACGGCAAUUACACUUGUUGAAUAUCAGUCAAAAUUCAUCAUAAAAUUUACAAAAAACAAAAUUGACACGCAAUUUGAGUUUUUGACAUCAGAUUACAUAAACAUUGCACAGAUUAUAGGUGGCCAUUUACAGCGUUUGAUGGGCCCGUAUUGGUCUCAAAAAAUGAACAUUGAUUUACUUACAAAAGACAAAUUUUCGUUCGAUGGCAACUCGGUCUUAAUGCGUCUUCGUGUAUAUUGUCAAUAUCAAGAUAUUACAAUCCCAGAUGCAUAUAUAGAAAAAUUGAAAAAAUAUAUUAACAAUUACGAAGUUAAUUUUUAUUUUUCUGACUGGGGAAACUACAUUAUUCCUAUAAUAUUCGCUUUACAACCAUAUUCAAAGUGUAUUUCAGGAAUUUUCAAUAAAUCUCUUCCAGACGUAUUACUUUUAAAACUUCGCGAGUUAUUUAUACCAUUCUGUCACUUAUCAUUCGAAAUACCACUUGAUCAACAGUUCAUCAAGUUCCUGGAAGUUGCAAAAUUUGAAUGUACUGCUUUAACAUUCAAAAACACACAAUUAAACCCUGACCAGUUAUCUAUAAUAUCCCAAUGUGGUAUCAAGCAUCAAAUUCAGACUCUUUCGCUGAAUAAUGCUUUUGUAGACCCAGCUUUUUCAGUUUUUUACACAGAUGCGUUCUUCAAGAACGAGCUUUGCAUCCAGACAUCGUAUUUUAACUUCGAUGAGACCAGAGGCCUUCAUCUUCCAAGAUUAUUAUGGUUCAUCAAAGGAGUAACGGUUUUAAGCCUUGCAAAUGCUAAUCUUGAAGUCAGCCAUGUCGUACAACAGCUUUUUUCUUACGAUUUUACAAAUUUACGCUGUUUGAAUUUGAGCGGAAAUUUUUGUCGAGAUGUUGUUCAAGACAAGCAGAAAUUGCAUGUUCCAGGUAAUUUAUGUCGUCUUGACAUCAACAAACUUGAAUUUGGCCGCAGCUGCGUUCAAGAUUUUCUUGAAUUUCUUUUUGGCUUCGAAUGGAAGCUGGGAUUGCGUCUUUACGCUGAUGAGUUGGUCAUUCAUAAUGCUGACUUGGCUCAAUUGUUCGAAUUAUUCGAGAAAUCCGCAUUCUCAAAUUUAAUUGACUUUUCAUGGUGCGGAAAUGCAUCUAGACUUGGUUUAUUGCAUUUCAUCCGUCGCAACAAGAAGCUGGCCAAUCUUUUCAUGGACAAAUCCUUCGGUGAGAAGAGUCCUGCGAAAAUUACGGAAUUUGCAAACUCAAUCAUCGAUAUGCAAUUCCUAACUGUUCUUUCUUUACGUGGAGAUGAUUCUUCAUUCAUGGGAGAAGCCGCAUCUCCUAUUGCCGAAGUUUUGAAGUCGAUGACGAAUAUUGCAUUCGUAGAUCUCUCAGGAAACCACUUAACAACUGAAACAAUCGAUAUUAUAUAUAACGCUGUUUCAGUUAAUUCAAGUAUCAGAAGCGUUCUUUUGUUGAAUCCUGGAAUUUCGGAAGAUUUGAUCAAAAGAUACGAAAAAGAAAGUGAAAAAGUGAAGUUCCUCCUUCAGAAUGAGAAGAGAGAAUAUAAUAGAUUCCCUCCUUACCUCACUUCCGAUGAACUCGUUGCUCCGCAGACACAAAACUCUCCUUACGACGCUUUCGUCUUCAUGCCGGACCCUCCUCCAGAGCCAUCUCCUAAAGAAGACCCAAUGGUGACGAAAAGACGCAAAUUGUUCUUGAAAACGGUUGGUCACAAUGAAGUUGACGAGGAUUUGCUUCCAAUACAGAAGAAUAAGACUGACAGAUUGCCAACGAACUGGGAAUUGUCAAGGGAUGUUAUUGAGGGAGCGGUUUUUGAUGCUACUGAUGCAGAAGAAGCUUUGAUCGCAAAGUUUACACUCGGAAAAUUGUCUAAUAAAUAA